ACCAAAUGGUGGCGGUAAUGUGUCAGUAUGUUGUUUUAACAAGCUCAGAGAAAAUCAGACGAAGACAUUCAACUACAACUAGCAAAGAAAACGGAAAAAUGAAGACAAAAGUGGUGCCAGUCCUCGCCAAAAGACUAUUUUUAUUUUAUUUUUAUUAUUUUUAUUAUUUACUUUUACGCUGAUGUCUUUGGGGAUGUCCGGGAUCAGCCAGUCCACGAGGUCAUUCAUCAGCAUGACGACAUUCUGGUGCUGCUUCUCCCUGGAGAAGGUGUGGGACAGGUGUUUGAUGUUCCUUGGUUGGCGUCCCUCAACAUGCGGAUGAAGAGGCUCCACAACUUUACUGACUAGGAGGACAUCCAACUGCUGCACCAAUGCUGUGGAGGACCUUGUUGGACCAAAAGACCAGACAUUUCAGCAGGGCGCAGUUGCUUCCCCAGGUGAAUGCAGAAAAGCAAUCAAGCUGAGCUGGUGGGGCUUCAUGCUGUUUCAGGCCUCCUGAGAGGAGCCUGAUCACAUCAGUCAGCAAUGAGCUCGUGGCCGACAGGGGGAGCCACAGAUGGUUCAAUCACAACACCAUUGGUAUCUAUUCUAUUCCAGCCAUCCUAAGGAGCGUAUUCUUGGAAAUGAACACACCUCGCAGUUUCUGGUGACGUAUUGGUAAAGUUCCUCGUCUGUAAUUACAUGUUUUUUUUACAGUAAUGAUGGAAUCACCGCAGUCUUGAAACCUGCAGUGCCGGAGAAAAGCCAUAGAUUUAUAAUAUUGAAGAUUGAAGGAACUGAAAUUGGGAACAGCUCUUUAAUGAGUCAACUUUACACUCCACAAUAUAGUAGACAUAAUAAGAGAAAAUAAGACAUAGAAAACCUCUUUACCACAUUCUGAAUGUACUUUUUAACAUCAGACAUGAAAUAACACUCCCAUAUUCCUAUUUACUACACUCCCGUUAUCCAAUAUAAGUGGACAUAAUAAGACAAAAUAAGACAUAGAAAACCUCUUUACCACAUUCUGAAUGCACUUUUAAACAUCAGACAUGAAAUAACACUCCCAUAUUCAUAUUUACACUCCCGUUAUCCAAUAUAAGUGGACAUAAUAAGACAAAAUAAGACAUAGAAAACCUCUUUACCACAUUCUGAAUGCACUUUUAAACAUCAGACAUGAAAUAACACUCCCAUAUUCAUAUUUACACUCCCGUUAUCCAAUAUAAGUGGACAUAAUAAGACAAAAUAAGACAUAGAAAACCUCUUUACAACAUUCUGAAUGCACUUUUAAACAUCAGACAUGAAAUAACACUCCCAUAUUCAUAUUUACACUCCCGUUAUCCAAUAUAAGUGGACAUAAUAAAAGAAAAUAAGACAUAGAAAACCUCUUUACCACAUUCUGAAUGCACUUUUUAACAUCAGACAUGAAAUAACACUCCCAUAUUCCUAUUUACACUCCCGCUAUCCAAUAUAGUGGACAUAAUAACAGAAAAUAAGACAGAGAAAACCUCUUUACCACAUUCUGAAUGCACUUUUUAACAUAAGACAUAAAAUAACACUCCCAUAUUCAUAUUUACACUCCCAGUAUCCAAUAUAAGUGGACAUAAUAAAAGAAAAUAAGACAUAGAAAACCUCUUUACCACAUUCUGAAUGCACUUUUUAACAUAAGACAUAAAAUAACACUCCCAUAUUCAUAUUUACACUCCCAGUAUCCAAUAUAAGUGGACAUAAUAAAAGAAAAUAAGACAUAGAAAACCUCUUUACCACAUUCUGAAUGCACUUUUUAACAUAAGACAUAAAAUAACACUCCCAUAUUCAUAUUUACACUCCCAGUAUCCAAUAUAAGUGGACAUAAUAAGAGAAAAUAAGACAUAGAAAACCUCUUUACCACAUUCUGAAUGCACUUUUUAACAUCAGACAUGAAAUAACACUCCCAUAUUCAUAUUUACACUCCCGUUAUCCAAUAUAGUGGACAUAAUAAAAGAAAAUAAGACAGAGAAAACCUCUUUACCACAUUCUGAAUGCACUUUUUAACAUAAGACAUAAAACAACACUCCCAUAUUCAUAUUUACACUCCCAGUAUCCAAUAUAAGUGGACAUAAUAAGAGAAAAUAAGACAUAGAAAGCCUCUUUACCACAUUCUGAAUGCACUUUCAGUACAGCCCUUGAGACAUGAAAUAACACUCCCAUAUUCAUAUUUACACUCCCGUUAUCCAAUAUAGUGGACAUAAUAAAAGAAAAUAAGACAUAGAAAACCUCUUUACCACAUUCUGAAUGCACUUUUCAACAUCAGACAUGAAAUAACACUCCCAUAUUCAUAUUUACACUCCCGUUAUCUAAUAUAAGUGGACAUAAUAAGAGAAAAUAAGACAUAGAAAACCUCUUUACCACAUUCUGAAUGCACUUUUUAACAUCAGACAUGAAAUAACACUCCCAUAUUCAUAUUUACACUCCCGUUAUCCAAUAUAAGUGGACAUAAUAAAAGAAAAUAAGACAUAGAAAACCUCUUUACCACAUUCUGAAUGCACUUUUUAACAUAAGACAUAAAAUAACACUCCCAUAUUCCUAUUUACACUCCCAGUAUCCAAUAUAAGUGGACAUAAUAAAAGAAAAUAAGACAUUGAAAACCUCUUUACAACAUUCUGAAUGCACUUUUCAACAUCAGACAUGAAAUAACACUCCCAUAUUCCUAUUUACACUCCCGUUAUCCAAUAUAAGUGGACAUAAUAAGACAAAAUAAGACAAAGAAAACCUCUUUACCACAUCCACAUUCUAAAUGCAUUUUUAAAAAAGACAAAAAGUGUAUCACUUUUGCUGUUUCUUUUUUUUCUUUUUCAGUCCAACCAAUAUUUUUUGUUGACAUUUAAACACUCAACUCAACUCCCAACAGGAAAUAAAACAGGAGAACAGGAGAAGGGCUCGUGUACAUGUCGAGUUGUCUUCAUCAGGGCGGAGGUGGCCUUGCUUUCCCACAAAGACACACUUGAUGACGAUGACGAUGAUGAUGAUGAUGAUGAUGAUGAGAAGGAGGGACAUCGGGUUACCAGGUUACCACUCGUCCAAUGAAGGAUGAAUGCAGCAUCGAAGGAAAGACACACUUAGUGACAGAGAUGCUUCAGUCAAUCUGAGGACGCUCUGCCAAGCUGCUGCUGCUGCUGCACAAACACACAGAGGCCGAACAUGGACGCCCGGGAGGAGUGGAGCCAAAAGCUGAGCGCACAUAAACUGCCGGAUGAAAAAGUGCAACAUGGACGGCGAGGGCUGGUGAGCUCUUUGCACAAACUCUUCAGGAACUCCAACACGCUGCACAUUCACUCCAUCAGCCGUCUCGAAUGUGCAGGCUCCUGCCCAGAUCUGAUGAUGAGUAGACGAGAACUCGCAGAAGUGCGGCGGCCAGGCCCCGUGGCCCUCACCCCCCAGCUGCCCCCCAGGGUGCACCGGCCUCUCUGCAUGUCGGUGUCGUCGGACAGCAGUGGGCGCUUCCGGGCUCUGGAGACGCAGGAAUGGAAGAACAACCUCAAAGCGCAGAUGGAGCAGGCGCACAGUGCCGGCGCCGCCAGCAGCACGGGCUCCCUCGAGCGCGCCUCUCUGUUCUGCGCCUCCAGCGGUCCAGUCGAGCUCCUCAGCAAGAACAAGUCCUCCAGCCGCUUCUCUCUCUUCUCGCCGCCAUGGAACAGCAGCUCCGAGUCAGACUCCAACCCUCCGUCGCGUUCCGGCUCCAAGAAGCUCCGCAACUACAGCAGGAGGGCGGCGACGGGCCCGGCGGGAGCCCGCAGCCCCGACACGCCGGAGCCCACAGUCGGUGGCCCGCAGCAGGUGCAGUACUUUGAGCCGCUCAUCUCCAAGGUGACAGACUACAUCUUCGUGGGGAACCUGAACGCAGCGUACAACGGGCGCGUGCUUUGCCGCAACAGCAUCGACAGCAUCAUCGACAUGAGCGGGGCGCCGGGGGAGGCGGGGCCGAGCCUCAGCCUCAUCCCGUGCACGUGCUCCCGCGGCGCCCGCCACAGCUGGUCCCGCCUGAAGGUGGACAUCGGCGACGUGAAGCAGCGCUGCUUCGAGGACAUCAACGACUGCAUCGAUGCCUCAGCCCAGAAGAGGAAGCGCGUCCUGGUCCACUGCCGCGACGGCUUCUCCCUGGCGCCCACUUGCGUCAUCCAGUACCUGAUGCUGAAACGCAACAUGAGGCUCAUCGCCGCCUACGAGCUGCUGCGCGCCAAGUACCCCCUCAACAUCCGAGAGUGCCACCAGAACCUUCUGGUCAACCUGGAGAGGGCGCUACGACCCGGAGAUGUCGACCCUCAGAGCUUCAAACAGGCCAUCUCCAGGAAAGUGGCCUGGACCUGACCCACUUUUCCCAUCCUGCUCGGCAGCAUUCCUGCUCUUCUCCCGCCUCCCCUGGAGGGUGGUAAAAGUUCUGAGGUGACCCAUGAAAACAUCACUCGGGACGUUUUUCUCUGGGUCAGCGCCAUCAGAACCUCUCAGGAGAUCGGUGUAUGCUUCUCCUGGGACCAGGUGGUUUCUUAUCUUUGUGAGGUUUCCUCUCUAAGAAAUAGAUUUUUUAUCCUGGUUAGAUGUUUGUGUAGAUGUUCCGAUCCAGUCAACAACAACAACCACCUUGGCUUGGUCCUUGUGGGGUCCGUCCACAAAAAAGACUUUGAACACAGGAGUGAGGAAGACCACCCUGUGCUGUCCUCUGUGAGGAACACUUGCUUGGUUCUGAACAUCACCAUUUGGACCUCUGGACUCUCAAUCUCCAUUUUGCACAACAUGCAAACUUUUAUUUGUGUCAAAUGUAAUAUUGUUGAUGCUCGUUGUUGGAACUUUACUGCUACAGAAGGAAGCACAGGGCUUGUAAACCAGGGGUGUCCAAUGUGCGGCCCGUUGUCCAUUUUCAGACCGCAUCUUGACAGUUAUUACGGUAAUCCCUCGCCACUCUUUCACUUGGUCACGGAUUUUCAGAAAUAUAUUGAUGAAUCAUCCUUUUAAGGUUGAAUACGACAUAUUAGUCCAAAAAAUAUGCUAAUAUACGGCCGAGUGGCUAGCACACUGGCCUCACAGCUAGGAGACCCGAGUUCGAUUCCACCCUCGGCUACCUCUGUGUGGAGUUUGCAUGUUCUCCCCGUGCAUGCGUGGGUUUUCUCCGGGUACUCCGGUUUCCUCCCACAUUCCAAAAACAUGCUAGGUUAAUUAACAACUCCAAAUUGUCCAUAGGUAUGAAUGUGAGUGUGAAUGGUUGUUUGUCUUUUUAUCAAGAGUAUCAAACCGAACCGUUUAUUUUGUGUAUGAGACACACAGGCACCAGACUUGAUGGGCGGAACAACAGGCUUUUAUCGUAGCUUUGAAUGACUAAUAGACAAAUAAUCCCCGACACAUGUUUCUUUAGCGCCUGUAACCCACACCAAGCUAAAACUCAACUCUGAAACCCCCCGCAACAUCACUUCCUGUCCGCUUCCCUCGCACCUGAACACAUUCUUAACACUACACACGACCACAAGCCUUCUUUUUGUUUUAUAUGUCUUACUGUAUAUCGGGUAAUAGGAGUGUAAAGGUGACUAUAGGGGUGCUAUUUCAUGUCUGGAGGGCUCUAAUUGUGUCGAUGCUCUCACGACCGAAAUAUUUAAAUUAUAAAUCCGGGGAACCAAUUAACUGCCAUAAAUGAGGGAUUACCGUUGUAGUAGUGACAUGACAGAUGGUCGAUAUGGAUAUCAUUUCAUAAUGAUAUACAAUGCAAUGUAUGAAAUAGUUAGCGGUGGCUCCCGCCGUGGACACCCCUAGCCUAAAUGGUCCAAAUGCAACAAAUUGAAGAAAAGUGUAUCAUGACUACACCCAUCCAAUUGGAAAGUCGAGGGUAAAAGUGUGAAAAUGUGAACAUUUAGGUUUCUUAGUCUCGCGAUGAAACCGCUCAUUUGUCAAAUUUGAAGUACUAAGCAUGUAUGCUAACUUCCUUCAACGUCGAGUGAAGUGGUUAGCGUCGGCUAUGCUAACAACAAGUAACGAACAUGGCAUAUUUGUCUUGAUUUGUGCAGUGACGUGACUUUUUUUGCACAUUUGCUCUCGCUUGGAAAUAUACUGAGUGGUUUUCAUUUUUGGCGUGUAUAAAGUGAAAAUGUUUCUGUUUUGUGGUUCGUGAUGUCGGUGCACUGCAGGUGAAAGUGAAGUUCUCCUUCCUUCCUCAAUGUUCUCAGGUGAAUCCUCGCUGGUCCUCAAUAUGGCGCCCCCGUCCUUUUACUCAUUAAAAACGGACAAUGACUUGUUCUUCUCAAGAUG